AUGGUUCGAUUCCAGAAUCCUCUCAAGUUCGGCAAGGACCUGUGGGAUCCAUCCCACCGGUACGAGACGUCCUGGUUACUCCCGCCCUACGCCUUGUGCGCGUGCCGCGCCGUAUUUGGCCUCUAUGGCAUCUUCGUCGAACUAUUCGCGUCAGGCUGGUACUGCACGCACCCCUCGUACGGCGGGUGCAAGCAAGCCGGCGACAGCUUCUCCUACUUCACCGUCCUGACCUACUGGGGCCUGGCCUUCUACAACCUGACGGCGGCCGUCCACACCUUCACGUACGCGCGGACGGGCACGCCGCUGCUCGACCGGUUCCCGCGGCCGCUGCAGGCCCUGCACGCCUUCUACUACACGACCAUCACGACGUACCCGUUCAUCGUGACGGCCGUGUACUGGGGCGUCAUCUUCCCGGGGGUGUGGUUCACAGACGAGUUCUCGGGCUGGAGCAACACGUCGCAGCACGCGCUCAACAGCUUCUUCGCGCUGUUCGAGAUCGUGGUGCCGCGCACGCCGCUGCCGCCCUGGAUCCACAUGCUGUGGCUCGUCAUCGUGCUGGCGCUGUACCUGGCCCUCGCCUACGUGACCUACGCGACCAAGGGCUUCUACACCUACACCUUCCUUAACAUCCAGGAGCAGGGGUCCGCCAUCACCGCCGCGUGGAUCAUCGCCAUCGCCGUCGCGGCCUGCGUCAUCUUCCUGCUCGUCAUGGGCGCCCUGUGGCUCCGCCUCUGGGUCACCGAGAAGAAGGCCCGCUUGGACGGCCGAUUCGCCGGUCAGCCUACCGCGCUGAGGAGCACCACCGAUGUCGAGCUCGGUGCUUACAGGCAGGAGGAGACCAAGGCGAUCAGUCCGCAUCAUUAUUAG